AAACAGCCUACGCAUGAAAGUGACUAGGAGGAAGGAUACUAUAAGGUGAUGCAAACAGAAAUUCCACCAUCCUCCACGUGUCAUCAUGUGUCAUAACUCAGCCAAGCUCAGUGAGCAUUCUCGUCAAAUUGCCUCAACAGCUUCAAGGUGAGCCAGCUCAAGACUUUGCUCUCCACCAGGCAGAAGAUGACAGACAGUGAAUUUGGAUAUAUUCACAAUCUAACUCAGGACUAUCUGUGGUACGUCCUGCAGAUACCACAAUCUGGAACGGGUCCAAGCAAAACGUCCAGAGUGCUACAAAAGGUUGCAUUCUCAGUCCAAAAGCCAUGCUUGGACAAUGUUAAUAUUGUGUCCAUAGAUAAUGCCAGAACGAUAUUCAGUCAAGUGAUGGAAACGGAAUUUGAAGAUGGCAUUAUUAACUGGGGAAGAAUUGUAACCAUAUUUGCAUUUGAAGGUAUUCUCAUCAAGAAACUUCUACAAGAGCGAAUUGCCCCGGAUGUGGAUACUUAUAAGGAGAUUUCGUAUUUUGUUGCUGAGUACAUAAUGAAUAACACAGGAGAAUGGAUAAGACAAAACGGAGGCUGGGAAAAUGGCUUUGUAAAGAAGUUUGAACCUAAAUCUGGCUGGAUGACUUUUCUAGAAGUCACAGGAAAGAUCUGUGAAAUGCUAUCUCUCUUGAAGCAAUACUAUUGACCAGAAAGGACACUCCAUAUUGUGAAACCAGCUUCAUUUUCCUGACUGUUAUGAAAAUGAUUGUCAACACGUACUUCUACUUUUAAAGUAGAAGUUUAACAGCUUUGAUGAUAUAACUUGACCUCCCCAAGUUACAGAAAUUUUGUCCCUAUGUAUUGAAUAAAUUGUAUCUUUCUCUAUA